CAAUGUCCGGGCGGGAACCGCGCGCCUCCACCUACCACCGCUGCGCGUGCGACUACACCCCUCAGCAGCGUCCGGAGCAGCGGCGGGGAUGAGCGGGCAGGACGGAGCGCAGCGGAAGCCGAUACGCCUCAUCGCGGCCGCCUGUAACAACAUGGGCAUAGGCAAAGACGGCCGGCUACCGUGGAGCAUUCCGUCAGAGUUUAAGUUCUUUUUGGACAAGAUCACAGCCGUGAGUAAGCCAGGAAAGAAAAACCUGCUGGUAUGGGGCAGGUAUACCUGGUUCUCUUGCCCAGAGGGUGUUUUACCCCUGGCCAAUACUCUCCAUGUGAUUCUGACCAAAAAGCUGAGGUCUCCCCCAGAGCUCGCCGACUACAUCUGUGAGGACUUUGAUGAGGCGAUCCGCUUGGCCUCACAGCCUCCACUCAGUGACCUGAUAGAAACCAUCUGGGUCAUCGGAGGAACUGAGGUCUACAGGGAAGCUAUGGAACAUCCAUGGUGUGAUCUAAUCUACCUCACUGACAUCAUGGCUGACUUCGACUGUGAUGUUUUCUUCCCAGAUUUCGAUCGGAAUAUUUAUAGGAAACAAAGCAGGUUUCCUGGUGUCCCACAUGAGAUCCAAGAAGAAAAUGGAAUUAAGUUUCAGUUUCAAGUCUUUAAGAAAAUGUGUUGACCAAUAAGCAACAAUGAAAAUAUAGGACAAUAUAUUUUUCCAAUUUUUAUGAGGUUUUAUACUUUUUUGCAAUUAAAUAAAAUACUAAAAAAUAUA